CCGGUGAGACUGCUGCUGGUGCUGCUGCUACUGCCAGUGGCCAGUGCCUCAGAAGCUGAACAUCGCCUGUUCCAGCACCUGUUUGAAGAUUACAACGAGUUCAUUCGGCCUGUGGCCAACGUGUCCCAUCCAGUCACCGUCCAGUUUGAGGUGUCCAUGUCUCAGCUGGUGAAGGUGGAUGAAGUGAACCAGAUCAUGGAGACCAACCUGUGGCUGAAACAAAUCUGGAAUGACUACAAGCUGAAAUGGAAACCCUCUGACUACCAAGGGGUGGAGUUCAUGCAUGUCCCCGCAGAGAAGAUCUGGAAACCAGACAUUGUGCUUUAUAACAACGCUGACGGGGAUUUCCAGGUUGAUGACAAGACCAAAGCUCUACUCAGGUACACAGGAGAAGUGACUUGGAUCCCCCCAGCCAUCUUUAAGAGCUCAUGCAAAAUCGAUGUGACCUACUUCCCAUUCGACUACCAAAAUUGCACCAUGAAGUUCGGCUUGUGGUCCUAUGACAAGGCCAAGAUUGACCUGGUCCUCAUUGGCUCCUCAAUGAACCUCAAGGACUACUGGGAAAGUGGCGAGUGGGCCAUCAUCAAAGCCCCAGGCUACAAGCAUGAGAUUAAGUACAACUGCUGUGAGGAGAUCUACCAAGACAUCACGUACUCACUGUACAUCCGCCGCCUGCCGCUGUUUUACACCAUCAACCUCAUCAUCCCCUGCCUGCUCAUCUCUUUCCUCACAGUGCUCGUCUUCUACCUGCCCUCUGACUGUGGCGAGAAGGUAACUCUCUGCAUCUCCGUGCUCCUCUCCCUGACUGUCUUUCUCCUAGUGAUCACCGAGACCAUCCCUUCUACCUCACUGGUCAUCCCCCUGAUCGGGGAGUACCUCCUCUUCACCAUGAUUUUCGUCACCUUGUCCAUUGUUAUCACAGUCUUCGUACUCAACGUGCACUACAGAACACCAACCACACACACGAUGCCCACUUGGGUCAAGGCUAUAUUCCUGAACCUGCUCCCCAGGGUCAUGUUUAUGACUAGGCCAACCAGCAGCGAGGGAGAAGCUCAGAAACCAAGGACCUUCUACAGUGCUGAGCUCUCAAACCUGAACUGCUUCAACCGUGCAGACUCUAAAAGCUGCAAGGAAGGCUACCCAUGCCAAGAUGGGACAUGCAGCUACUGCCACCACCGGAGGGUAAAAAUCUCAAAUUUCAGUGCUAAUCUCACGAGAAGCUCAAGUUCUGAGUCUGUCGAUGCUGUGUUGUCAUCCCUCUCUGCUCUGUCACCAGAAAUCAAGGAAGCAAUCCAAAGUGUGAAGUAUAUUGCAGAAAAUAUGAAAGCACAGAAUGUAGCCAAAGAGAUUCAAGACGAUUGGAAGUACGUUGCCAUGGUGAUUGACCGAAUCUUUCUCUGGGUUUUCAUCCUGGUGUGCAUUUUAGGGACGGCGGGAUUAUUUCUACAGCCCUUGAUGGCCAGAGAUGACACAUAA